AUGAGGCGAAGGGGGCUGCACCACACCCGUUGGUCUGGUGACACGCUGAACCAUCCACAGCAACAGGAUGGCUCUUCAUGUGGAGUCAUUGUGUGCAAACUUGCCGAGUUUAUUUUAAUGAAGCAAAGUCCCGACUUCCGAGUUGAUGCAGAGGGCAUUACAUGCUUGAGAAGGGAUAUUGCCAAUGAGCUCAUCAGGGGAACAGAUGACCUCUCUGAACUGUGCUGCAUGUGUGGAGCAGCAGACACUCAUGGGCUGUGGGUUUUGUUUAUCCUACUCACGCUCGUUCCGAGUUGUCUAUGUUUUACGUCGCUGCUUCCUCUGGACUGUUCGGAGAUCCACUCCCAUGACAGCACCAAGCCCAGUGGGGUGUACACCAUCUUCCCUGGGGGGCCCGUCUCCCCCCUGCAGGUCUACUGUGACAUGGAGACCGAUGGGGGAGGAUGGACGGUGUUCCAGAGAAGACUGGAUGGUUCUGUGAACUUCAACAGACCCUGGGAUCACUACAAGAACGGCUUCGGGAACAAGGAUGGGGAGUAUUGGCUGGGGCUGGACAACAUUGUGCUGCUGACCAUGAGGAAGAGGAAUGAGCUGAGGGUGGACAUGGAGGACUGGGACGGGGGAAAGGUCUACGCUCAGUACACGUCCUUCUCUGUGGACCCAGAGACCUUCGGCUACACACUGCGAGUGGGCAGCUAUGUUGAUGGUGGUGCAGGUGACGAUUUGACGUAUCACAACGGCAUGAAGUUCACCACUUAUGACAAAGACCAGGACCUGCAUGGGGACAAUUGUGCCAAAAUCCUUUUGGGGGCAUUCUGGUAUAAUGCUUGUCACUAUGCCAACCCAAAUGGCCUUUAUGCUGAAGAGUCAAGCUCUCCAUUGUCAAAGAACAUAUUUGUUCAUUGGUGGAAUUGGAAAGGAUAUUCCUACUCCCUCAAGGGAAUUUCCUUAAAGAUGAGACCAGUUUAAAAAACACACUACAGAGGUGACAAUGGCGAGUAUGAUGAUUAUUUUCCUGUCUUUGAUGAAGAUUCAGACAUAUAAAUAAACAUGAAAUAAAAAUAAUACCUCAUUCAUUUUGAUAUGGUUUUUACUAGGGUUGUCAAGCGAUUAAAAAAAUAACUAAUUAAUUACAUACUCUGUGAUUGAUUAAUCAAAAUAAAUCACAUGCAAUUUUUGCU